UUGUUUAAUUCUUUUGACAACACCAUUGGAGGAUUUCACCCAAUUUUGAUAUACCUGAGUCACAAAAUAAACGAAUCAAAUUGUCGUAAAACUAAUUCCGCUCUCUUGCGCUUUUUUUUGUCCUUUCUUUCUUCCCUCCCAGACGUGAUACGGAACAUGACCAUGGAGUCGAGCGCCAUGCCGAUGCCCAUGUCGGACCCCAACGCCUGGGCCACGGCCAUGAACAACCUGGGCAUGGCCCCCAUGAGCAUGGCCACGCAACAGCUCAUGCCAGACUUUGACCCAAACCUUGGGAUGAUGACGGGCAUCACCCCCAUGAACCCCAUGAUGCAAGGCUUGGGCAUGAUGCCACCCCCCAUGGAGAUGCCCAUCAUCAAGGAGAUCAUCCACUGCAAGACCUGCACCUUGUUUCCCCCCAACCCCAGUUUGGCAGACCUUCCUCCUCCUGCCAUCAGAGAGCGCCCUCCUGGCUGCAAGACGGUGUUUGUGGGCGGUCUCCCGGAGAACGCCACGGAGCAGCUCAUCGUGGAGAUCUUCGGCCAGUGCGGGGAGAUCAUCGCCAUCCGCAAGAGCAAGAAGAACUUCUGCCACAUCCGAUUCGCCGAGGAGUUCACCGUGGACAAGGCCCUCUUCCUCUCCGGCUACCGGAUCCGCCUGGGCUCCAGCACGGACAAGAAGGACACGGGCCGCCUCCACGUGGACUUCGCCCAGGCCAGGGACGACCUCUACGAGUGGGAGUGCAGGCAGCGCAUGCUGGCCAGGGAGGAGCGGCACCGGCGCAAGAUUGAGGAGGACCUCCUCCGACCCCCCUCCCCGCCGCCCAUCGUGCACUACUCCGACCACGAGUGCAGCCAGCUGGGGGACAAGAUCAAAGACGACGGGUCGUUCCCGGACGCGGUGCGAGUGCUGCUGACCUGGGUGGAGCGCGGCGAGGUCAACCGCCGCAACGCCAACAACUUCUACUCCAUGAUCCAGUCGUCCAACAGCCACAUCCGCCGGCUGCUUGGGGAGAAGAGCACCCACGAGAAGGAGAUGGAGGAGGCCAAGGAGAAGUUCAAGACGGCCCUGUCUGGGAUACUGGGUCAAUUUGAACAGAUUGUGUCUGUAUUCCAAGCCGCUUCCAAACAAAAGGCAUGGGACCAUUUCUCCAAAGCGCAGCGCAAGAACCUGGACGUGUGGCGCAAGCAAGCCGAGGAGAUCAGGAACAUGCACAACGAGCAGCUGAUGGGCAUCCGGCGGGAGGAGGAGAUGGAGAUGUCGGACGACGACAUGGAGAGCUCCCACCUCGCCGACGGCAAGGACCUGGAGGACCCAGGUGUGUCCCAGGUGGAGACGCUGAAGGAGGAGAACGACUCCCUGCGCUGCCAGCUGGACGCCUACAGGAACGAGGUGGAGCUGCUCAAACAGGAGCAGGGCAAGAACCAGCCAAUCAGGAGCGAGGAGGACACCACGCACUCCCAGCAGCUCAGCUUCCUGCAGCAGGCGCUACAGGGCAUGCAGAAGCAAUUGUUGAAGAUGAGGGAUGAGUUGAAGCAGCGGGAGGCGGAGCUGGAGAAGAGCACCGAUGACAAUCAGCAGAUGAAGAACCAGGUUCUCACCCUGCAGGAGGGCAUCCAGAACCUCCACGCCCCCCCCAGCCCUGUGCUGGAGACGUCGAAGGGGGAUGAGGCCGCCACCGCCGCCACCGCCGGCGAGGAGAGCGCUCUUCUGGCCAGCGAGGCGACGGCGUCAUCGGUGGUGUCGUGCAGUCAGGAGAAGGAAGGGGUGCCGGAGAAGAACCUGCCACACAGCCCCGUCCAAUCAGAGAGAGAGGCGCUGCUAGUCGGUAUCAUCUCCACGUUCCUCCACGUCCAUCCGUUCGGGGCCAGCAUCGAGUACAUCUGCUCCUACCUCCAGCGGCUGGACACCAAGAUCAACACCGGUGAGGUGGAGUCCCUGUUGUCGCGGCUCCCCUGCACCUUCAGACAGGAGCUGUCGGGCGUCGGAGCCAGCCUGGAGAAGCGCUGGAGCUUCUGCGGCUUCGAGGGCAUCAGAAGCACGUCGUAGGCCCCCGGGGCCCUCAGGACAUUGGCUCAGCGAACACAGGGAGGGGCCCACGGAGAGAGAGCCCCGUCGACGUUAGCAGACACACAGUUUUUGGAGCUUUUUCUGCAGGGGCGGACAUUGCUGCGGACGCAUCGAACAGCCAGUGCUUCAUACCAAAUCUCCACCAGAUACGAGGGACUUUGCGUCGAGCACAGAAAAUGGUAGAAGGAUGUACGACGAUCGCUCUGUGUGUAUGUGUGUGGCCCCGAGGGAUGAACGCAAAGUGUUUGCGUUCGGGAAAGACAUUGUUUUAUUUGAGGAUUGGUCGUUCCUGAAUCCGAAGUUUGAGGAGCAGAUUAGUAGUCAUCGCCGCGGAGCAAUAAGGGCGACCAAAACAUGUAUCACAUCACUUUAGUGAGAGAGAGUCCAUGAAAAUACAAAAUAUCUUUAGAUAUAUCGGCUAUGUACAUGUCACAGAGGAGCGCGAAAUGCGUUUAUUAUUUAAGUACAGCCCUCAUGGGUGGGGUUGCGAUUCUCGAGCGUCACUGAUUGGCUCGGUUGUGCUGUCAGUCCGGGUCAGGACUACAGGGCCACCCAGGGAGUAAAUCAGGGUCUGCACUGACCCGCCCACCCCACACCCCUGACCCCACCGACGGUUCCAGUGUCACACUCUUCUCUUUUGCGGUUCCUGGUUUGUAAAAAUAAAUCAAAAUGAAUAUAUUUCUUCAUUUUCUGUAAAGGCUGUUAACAGUUGCAUAGAACCAUUUGUUGUUAUACACUGUAAA